AUGUACACCCCAGAGUGUUUGGGGGGGGCGAGGAUCCAUUUCAGGGCCUUCUCUACGGCAGCGGCUGAGACGUCGUCGGUUGCCGACAGUCAGGCGAGCAACGCGUCCACUCCGUCUCAGGCGCCGUCGAGUUCCCGCAGCCAAUCCGCCGUUCUUUCGCGGUCGCUCCGCCAAGCCUUCCCGUAUGUCCUGCCGGUCUUUCGUCCUCUCCAGGCGCUGGCAGCUCUCCCUGUGUGGCAGCAAGGGACGUCGCCCAGAAGUGUGGAGCUGCGCUCGGUCUCUGUCCGCCUCGCGCAUGCACUCAUGCCGCCCUUCUCGACGGAAACGGAAGAGCUGUGGUGUACGUACACCCGGCGACUGCUCGCAUCUCCGGCUGCCGCGUCGGCGACCUCGUUCGCCUCCUCUGAAGACGAAAAGCACGUGGAGCAGAGCCAGAAAGCUCGACGCAGCCCAGUCCAGUUGUCUCUGGAUUUAGGGCUGCAGAUAGCUCGGCUCCUCGCCUCGCGAAACGUCGUUGUGGCGGACGCGUGGAAGGACUUAUUCGCCUCGAUGGAUCCUCUCCUUGGAGACAUGCGACAACGCCAGGAGGAGCGACAGCGUGAGGUGCCGAGUGCGGCUGCGGGGAGGGCCAUGGUGCCGAAGGAAACUGCGGAGGACGGGGACGCGGCCAAGGGUGAGGGCGGAGAGGUCGCCGAGACAGAUGCGAAAGAGAACUUCGAAGAUGUUCUCCUGAAGCUGUGCGAAGCCUCCAACCGCGUCCGCCACGAAUGGGUCUGGGGGACCGAGCAACUGAUGCUCCACGCGCGACGCCAGCUCCCUCUCAUGGAGGCUCCGGAGGCUGCUCGGCUGUUGCACGCGCUGGCUGCGAGUCGCAGCACGAGCGAGAGCGUGGUGGCGCGACUCGCGGAAGCAUUCGUGUUCCUCUGGGAAGGCGACCUGAGUGCGAAAGUCGAGCCUGCGGCGGGGCUCCAGCUCCUCGAGACGCUCGCGAUGAAGAAGGCGAUGGAGCGCGACUUCGUGCGCGACCUUAGCAGGCGCAUGCACUGCUAUCUGCAUCUCGGCCUGCUGACGCCGUUCGAGAAGACGCGCUUGGCUGCGGUGUAUCGCCAGCUGGAGCUCCGCCACUUCACCUUUUUCCGGCAUCUCGCUGAAGAGAUUCUUCACCAGAAUUCGCAUCGCCAGCGGCUCCUGGCCCUCGGCCGCUCGGAGCCUUCUGCAGACGCCCAGCAGGCUGAGAAACAGCUCCAGAGACGCCUGCGACUCGCGCGUCUCCAGCAGGAACUGAAUCCGUCAAAAAAGAAACCAGCCGACUCGACAGCCUCGCCCCCACCUUCCUCUUCUUCCUCGUCGCUUUCCCUCGAACAGGGGAUCGGCGAGUGGAGGUGGUAUGAGUACGGCCGGCCGGGCUACGUGAUGGGUCUUGGGUUGCAACAGGACUUCUCGCCGAGCGGCGUUCUCCUCACCAGCCAGGUAGUUCCGCUGGUGACACGAGAAAAAGUGGCGGAGCUCCGGCGCAUGGGCCUUCGCGGCGCGGCGCUCCCCGCCGCUGCGCCGCCCGUACAGGAGCCAAGCGCGGAAGCCGCGCAGCGAGAAGACGCGAAUCCAGAGAAGGAGACGUUUCCUCGGUCUGAGCAUUUCAGCCCCUCGGGAAUCAAAGAGUUCACUUUGGGGCAGAUGGCAGUCAUUGCGGACUCGAUGCUCUUUCUCGGUUUCCAUCACCAGUCGCGCUUCUUCGGCUCCGUCGCCGACGUUCUGAUGCAGCAGGCGACCGCGCGCGGCGCUGUGGAGACGCUGGACCCACAACAGUGUACAAGCCUGAUGGUUUUCUUUGCGGAGACGCGACGUCAGCUGACCGAAGACCCUGACGACUGCGUCCGUCGUCUCACGGACCGCUUCGUGGACGCGCUCGUGUGCGAAGUGGCCUCGCCGGCGCAGUGUCUCCUCUUUUUCAAGUCCCUGGUGAAGUGGAGCUCCACGAAGGUGGCCCAGCCCCACUGCAAGAGAAAGCAUUGGCGCGAGUGGUCCAACACGUACCGCCCGCUGGAAUGGCUGCAUGCGCCACGGCCGGCGCACCCCACAGACACGCGUCCGAUGCUCCUGGCUGUGUGCAAGCACCUCUGCAAGCGCGUGCACUGCUUCAACAUGAAGGAACUGACAGGAAUGCUGCGCGCCAUCGCCUACGUGGAUUUCCGUGAGGCUGCGUUCUUCACUGUCUUCGUCGACUACCUUAAAGAGCGACUGGGAGAAAUGCAAGAAGAGGACAUUGCAAAUGUCACCCAAGCGUUCAACAAGGCGAAGAUCGAAGAACCCCAUCUCUUUUCCCUCAUGGGGAAACGGUACCAACAGUUGCAGGCGAACGUGAUGGCUGUUAAGCGUCGCGGUGUGCUUGUUAGAAGGACGGGGUAA